AUGGGGUCCAAUGAUGAGCAUCUGUCGGAGACGGACGGACAAGGUGGGACGGGAAUGGCUGCAGGGAUGGAAGACGAGGAGGAAGAGGAGGAGGAGGAGGAGAUGCCCAUGGGGACCGCUCAAUCACACCAGGAGACAGAUGACGGGAGUUUGGUGGUGUUGAACGAGGUGGCCGUCCAGUGGUCUAUUGAGAUCAUGACGGAGGAAUCGGGGCCCCGGGAGGGGGAGGAUGAAGAAGAGGAGCAGCUGGAGCAACCUGGUCUGAUGUUGCAGCGAUUUGACGACCGGGCUCAACCUGAUAAUGACAUCAACGAGCCGGAUGAAAAGGAAGACGAGCAAGAGCAAUCAGAAUCGGAAGAAGAACAGCUCGAACCCUGCUUGGAGGAGGGAUGGUCUCAGCUAGAGCGAUCACAGGCGGCAGAAAAGAAGCUCUCAGAGGAGAAGGCGCAGUUACAACAGGAAAAACAGCGCCUUGCAGAUCAGUUUGCCAGCAACAAGACCCGUUUGGAGAACACGCUCGAAUUGGAAAAGGCAGACAAGACGAAUAUCAAGACCCAGCUGAAGGACUCGCUUAUAAAGUUCGAAUUUUCGCUAGAAAUGGCAGAACAAUUGCAUCAGCAGAAUAUGCGGCUGGAUAGAGAGGCGGUACAGCAGGCAGAACAUUUGAACCGGGUGUGA